UAGGCGUCUCCGCGUGCUGCCUGGAUACAGUUCUGGGUUAGAAGAUGCCGAGCGGCAUGAUGCGCCUGAUUUGACAAAUUGUAUAUUUUCUGAUAUCAUUGACCCACUUUUGUGGUCCUAUACUCCUAGCUUUAGCUGUCAAUGUCCACCAUUCGUUCUGGUCGUUUUUUAUUUUUACAUUUCAUACCAGUAUGUUCCCUUCGUGCUAUUCAAAGCCGACGAGUUCAAAGGACCUAUUCAAAAGGACUUAUCUGACAAAGAUAUUACUCGGAGUGUUCGUCGUGUAUAUGUCACACACCUGCUGGGUGAUUUAUGGCUUUGUAUACACCAAGCCUUGUGAGAGAGGUAAAGGAGACUGCAUUUCUUCCUAUCUUGCAGAAAGCCCCCGUCUCCAGCUCAGCAUUUUCUCCAGUUUGAGGCCUGACCACAGUGAACUCAACCUCAUCAUCAAGAUAGAUGACUUUGACAUACAUUCUAAAUUUGAAAGGGUGGUGAAUGUAUCCCUGCCGUUGGCAACACGUAACAACGGGACUCUGCACACAUUGGUUUAUGUACACAAGUUUGGAGUGUCUCCCUUGCAGGAUAACCGGCAGGUCCAUCAUGUUGCCCAGCUCAGCACCUACAUGAUGUCCCGAAAAAAUCUCAGCUCUGCUAAACAGGUCCUCAAAAAACAUGCUGCCACUGCUCCUCGAGUAGUAGACAGACCCAUCUCUCACUGGAGGUCCCGUCUAACCCUAAACAUGAUGUCAGAGGACUUCACCUUCAACAGAGGGACCUUGCCAAGUGAUGUCCGGCGCUACAUGAGAGUAUAUUUUGUCUCGUGUUUUAGAUUUCAGGAUGAGAACAGGAUGGUAUAUCUCCCACUUUUACAUAUUGAUGAACUCAGCGUCAGAGUAAAGGACAUGAUGGAGAUUAACGGCUCCACAACCAAACUACCUCUUACAAUAUCCUACGAAGGCCUAUCGCUGAGGCAAUUCCGUCUCUGGAUCCACAUGCAGGAUGUAAUGUUUUCACUGAAACGUUUUGGGUUCACUGAGGUGAAUAUAGAUGAAAUCAAAGGUGUUCUUGUGGACAACAACUUGUACCUGUUAGCAUUGACUACCUUGGUGACCGCAUUCCAUUUCAUAUUUGAAUUCCUGGCCUUUAAAAAUGACAUAAGCUUUUGGAGGAAGAAGAAAAACAUGGUGGGCAUGUCUCACACAACAGUGCUGUGGAGAUGCUUUAGCACCAUAGUGAUUCUCCUGAAAAUGCUGGAGGAACGAAGCAGCUUGCUAGGUCUCAUUCCUGUUGGAAUAGGAACCACAAUUGAGGUAUGGAAGGUCAAAAAGGUUUCCAAAAUACAGCUACAGUGGAGAACCUCUAGGUCUAUAGUUCAUGUUGGUAAAUUUGAUGAGUCAGAGAGAAAGACUAUACAACAUGACACACAGGCAAUGAAAUGCCUGUCUUAUUUAGUGUACCCUCUGUCUAUUAGUGGAGCCAUCUUCUCUCUGGUAUACCUGAGGUAUAAAAACUACUAUUCAUGGUUAAUCAACAGUCUUGUCAGUGGGAUUUAUGCUUUUGGAUUCCUCUCUAUGGCUCCUCAGCUGUUCAUUAACUUCAAGUUGAAGUCCGUGGGCCAUUUGCAAUGGAACGUAUUGAUGUAUAAAGCAGUCAAUACAUUCGUCAACGAUGCCUUUGCCUGUGUCUUCAGCACACACCCAUCCCACCAGCUGGGCUGCUUCAGGGAUGAGAUUCUGUUUCUCCUCUACCUUUACCAGAGGAGGCUUUACUCUACAAACAAGACCAGAUGUCGUGAGUAUGGAUCAUGCCACCACAACCACAGGAAACUCAAAGCCCAAUGAUGGCUGAGGUCAUCAAGGGAAAACAUGGUUGAAUGAAGGAAACAUACCUGCACAUGGUGGGGUUGUAAACAGCAUGGGAGGCUCUCUGAGGGUGCAUCAGGGUUUAUUAGAAGCCUUUAGUAAAGUUCAGAAUUAGUUUUGUAAGUAGAGAAUACAGCUGAUUUUCAGUCAACCCUGUGUUAACCACUGACAUUUCCAUGUGUUAGAAGUUUGACCAACCCGUAUGUAGCCAACAGAAGCAUGAACCGUUUUUUAGUGAUACAUAUUGAUUACUGCAUUGUUAGGUUUGAGGCUAGCAAUAAAGGCAUUUCACUGUACUUGUGGACAUGACAUUAAUACUUGAAAAAGGAGGCUGCCCCUCGCCCUGCCUGCACGGCUCCAUGUUACCAGAUAUAACCAGUAUGUAGCCUACUGAAGCAUAAAGCUGCCCCUCGCCCUGCCUGCACGGCUCCAUGUUACCAGAUAUAACCAGUAUGUAGCCUACUGAAGCAUAAAGCUGCCCCUCACCUUGCCUGUACUGCUCCAUAUAGUCCACAAGGAGGCAGUGUUGUCAGCCCCUUGCUGUACUGUUUUCUGCUUGUUCUUUCAGUCCUCUACUUCCUGUUUGAGAAUAGUACAUGUAUAGAUGGGUGCUAAAGGGGAGGAAUGAGAAACAUGUACAAAAGAUGGAGUAAUGUGAAGUACAGUGAACUCCUGAUAAAUCCAAUGUCUUUGGACAGUCAUAUGUGAGAGCUAACUGGAACAUGCACAUAACCUGUAUCUAUCCAGGCUGUAUUUGAAAUGGGACGAUUGAGCUACAAUGCACUAAUGAGGUUUUUUACACUUUGCAUACAAUGUGCACUUAUCAGGAAUCAACUGUACUUUUAAAUAAUGAAGAUACUGUAAGGUCUUUAAAAAUGAAUUAGGAAGCGUAGCCUGAUGUUUUUGAAUCACAUCCUUCUACCAGGGUUUAUGGAAUGACUUUCCUCUUUGAUUAAAUUAUUACAAUUAAAUGAUUUA